GCCCCGCCCCGAGCCGCCGCCUCCCGUCCUCGGAGGGGCCAGCCCGGGCCCACCCGCCCGCUGCGGUGGGCGGCAGUCACGACUAGAGGCGCGCAAUCUCCAGCGAGGUGGCCACAGGCGCUGCGCGGGGCGGGGCGGAGGCCCGGGAGGUGGGCUGGACCUGGCCAGGCGAGGCCCCAGGGCGCACGCCGCCGCCUGGCACGAUGGACAUCCCGGGGACACGGCACUGAGCGAGCGAGCAAGAAGUCGAGCGAACCUGCGGUUCCCCCAGAAGCCCAACACAGUUCCCGCGGCCAAGAUGAUCCCUCCAAGUGGCGCCCGCGAGGACAGCGGAGACGGACUGACCCGGGAGGCAACCGGCACAGAGCAGCCGCCCUCUCCUGCGUCCACCAGCAGCCUGGAAUCCAAGACCAAGAGCUUGCGGAGCAAAAGUGCCGACAACUUCUUCCCAAGGACCAACAGUGAUGUGAAACCACAAGCAGACCUGCUGGCCAAGGCUAGCCCAGGCCCCAGCCCAAUACCCAUCCCUGGAAGCCCAGCAUCCAUGCCCACCAAGGCUGGCCUGCACCCCGGCAGCAACAGCAAGGUCCACGCCUUUCAGGAGCAUGUCUUUAAGAAGCCCACCUUCUGUGAUGUCUGCAACCACAUGAUCGUGGGAACACAUGCUAAGCACGGACUACGCUGUGGAGCCUGCAAGAUGAGCAUUCAUCACAAGUGUGCAGACGGCCUGGCACCCCAGCGGUGCAUGGGCAAGUUGCCAAAAGGAUUCCGGCGUUACUACAGCUCCCCCUUGCUCAUUCACGAACAGUUUGGAUGCAUUAAAGAAGUUAUGCCCAUUGCUUGUGGCAAUAAAGUGGACCCAGUGUAUGAAGCCCUCCGAUUUGGCACAUCCCUGGCCCAGAGAACAAAGAAGAGCAGCUCAGGCAGUGGUUCUGACUCACCCCCCAGAACCUCGACUUCAGAGCUGGUAGAGGUUCCUGAAGAGGCUGAUGGGCCAGGAGACUCGUCUGACAUCAGGCCACGGAGCAACAGUGUGUUUACAUAUCCGGAAAAUGGCACCGAUGACUUCAGAGAUCAAGUAAAGACCAUAAACCACCAGGGACCUCUUUCCAAAGACCCAUUACAGAUGAACACCUACGUUGCCUUGUACAGAUUUAUACCACAGGAGAAUGAAGACUUGGAAAUGAGGCCAGGAGACAUGAUCACUCUCCUAGAAGACUCCAAUGAAGACUGGUGGAAAGGAAAGAUUCAGGACAGGGUUGGUUUCUUUCCAGCCAACUUUGUUCAGAGAGUAGAAGAGCAUGAGAAGAUUUAUAGGUGUGUCCGGACCUUCAUUGGCUGCAAGGACCAGGGGCAGAUAACACUGAAAGAGAAUCAGAUCUGUGUGACCUCUGAGGAAGAACGGGACGGCUUCAUCAGAGUCCUCAGUGGGAAGAAGAGAGGCCUCGUCCCAUUGGAUGUACUGGUAGACGUGUGACUGUAGCAGACCCUCCCAGUGCAGGAGGCCAGCGCUGCUGAUCUCUCUGUGUCCACCCAGAGGAGCAGCUGCACUGAUGGGUGCCCAGAAAACAGGGAGACUUGAAGAUUUGAGAGUGUGCUAGCAAUCUGGAAGCAGGCCAACUGCACAGCACACCAAGGCUGCCUGAGAGCAGCAUCCCAGAGCUGAGGGCUGCUAGCGGGAGUAGGUGGGCUGUAGCUAAGGCUGCCCCAGGACUCAGCUCCCUUCCUGCUCACCUGUGCAAGGCUGGAGUCUGCUCCAGGUCAUGGUGUGCUCCUGAUGAGAAGUUUGGAGCAGAGUAGCCAAGCGUUACUCUGGUUCUGGAUUACUGGUCCCCGUGCUGGCCAAUCAACCUCAUCACGACUCUUGCAAAGAAUCAAGAAAUCCAACCUCCCCGCUCCCAACACCCCAGGGCUCACUCCAGCUCCUGCUCAGUUUGUGUCUUGGCUGGCAGGACUAUCCUUUCUUUCUCUCCCAUUCUUCAAGCACAUCCUAGGCAGGGCCAAACCAGCAAGGUACCGAAUGCAAAGAUCUGACUUACCUACAGAUUUCGAAGGAGGGCAGCCUUGCUACUUCAGCGACUCGAAAGUGACAGGGCAAGGUCCAAGGCACAGAAUCAAGUAGCAGCAAGUAGUGGGUGUGGGGACAAGGAAGGAGUCCUUAUACAUUGGGAUCGUACAGCCAUUUUAGUUGGGUGGUUUUUUUCCCCCAGAGCAGGUGGGGCUGGGAGUGGGAAGUAGGAAAGAGUCUCCGUUUUCAUUUCAUAUCCUCUUUAUCAGGAGCAGCCCUUCUCCGUUUGUGCAACCUGUAGGACUGCACUGUGGUGGACGAGUCCACCGUGCAGGGAUCCAGGGGAGAGGGGAACACCACUGAGGAAAACAUCUUAGUAUAAAUGUGGCCAACUUAGACUCCAUUCUUCUCCAGGGCAAUGGUUUCCGCUCCCACAGGUGUGAAGUGAAAAGGACAGGAAAUGCUUCUUUGUCUUUGUGCAGAGGAAGCUUGGGGCUUUGCUCACACCACCUGGGGAUAUUGCUCUCCACCUCUACCAAUGUUUACAAGAACAUACCACACUGCGAUGCCUUCCUCCCAGACCCUGUCCCAGCAUUCAGACCUGCUUCCUGGCAGUCACUGACAUGUCUAAAUGAUGUGACUUUGGGAUUCUUCGUUGCUUUGAUUUAUUUUGCCACUGAGCAAUAAAAUCAUUAGAACCAUCUCA